AUGUCAUUUACUGCGUCAAUUGAUAAUGUUAUACUCACUCACCCACUACGGCCAUUCAUUGACACAUUUAAAUCAAAAUAUAACUUUUGUGAACAUAGUACUGACAGUAUAAUUCAAAAUGAGGCAGAAAUUUUACAAUCCAAUCGAACUGCUGUCAAGAUGCUUCUAUGUGCCUUGAUAAACCAUCCAGUAUCCAGGUUUCUCCAAAUCAACCCAAACCUAUCACUCGAUGAGUGGAUUACUUCCAUAUUUACCCGACUAACGUCCAGAGACCUUGAACUUCCUAUCUUUAGAGUUUUGGCUACUUCUAUCGUUGAGAGUGACUCAGAUAGUGCGACAUGGAAAUCGAUAAUGCAGUUCUGCGAUGAGUUCUUAGGGAUGCCUGAAAAACUAUUAAUCACCGGUGGAGCAUCUAAAUGGCAGAAUUCACAAGGAUCUUUUUUCCAGGAAGUUAGGGAAUCAACAUAUGUCAAAGUGGAUGGAUUUUGGGAAAAGUUCUUUUCUCAAGGAGAAUACAAGAAACAGGGCUUACUCUAUUUGAAAAGUCUGAGCGAAGCAAAUGAUGGCGAUCCCCUCCGUGACUUUCCGAAAGAACUGUCAGAAGAAACUCUUUGGAAGUGGCUAGACUCUUUCCAACAACGCUAUCUAGAUCAGGCACAUAACUCUCCAGUCGGAUCGCGAAAAACCGAGAGCAACUCAUCAAACGAGAAGCGGAAUCAAGCUUCGCGAGGAAAAUACUUUCGCAUGACGAGGAUAGGAAAUAUACCGGGAAAACAAUGCCACCGACAGCUUGAUGUGUUCACCAAGAGCCGCAGCUGCCCGGCUGAAAGACCUCACCAUUGGCGCGAUGUGCAAGUAGUAGGAGUUCUGACUAACUCUCUCACGCACGAGAACUGGCGGGAUAAAUUUUUUCAGCUAGCAUAUUAUAUGCGUGAUCUGUUUUAUGCGCAGCCCCUACGGCGGUUUGCCCAUGGAUUCCUCCUGUAUGGCACUCAACUGCGACUAUGGGUGUUCGAUCCUUGUGGCGCUUUUGGAUCAGGAGUGAUUGAUAUCAAAGAAGAGCCAGAGUGCUUCAUACGAGCCAUUACAGCGUACGCGCUAAUGAAUGAGGAUAAACUUGGAAUGAAUAUAUUUGUUAACCCAAUUAAUCAUAAAAUGAAAGUGCAAAAUCACAAGACUUUAAGGAACAAUAUAUACCAGCUAGAUAUAAACCCGUUUGUGAAUCAGAAAUUGCCGCUAUCGUGUGGUACAGUAUGUUAUCGUACGAUUGAUGGGGAAUAUAUUGCUAAAUUUUCGUGGUCGGAACAGGGUGGAUUAGCAGAGACUAAUCUACACUCCGAAGCACAAAUCGUCCCUGGUGUCACCAAACUCAUCGGAUCGCAAGUUAUCACCUCUACUAAUGACACUCGCAGAGGUUUGGAUUUUAAAGACAUUGACUCGGACACAUACAAGCCAAACGUCAAUUCCAAUAGUGAUCAAGAAUCAAAUAUGAUCCAAGGUGAGGAAAAUAAAUGGAAAUUUAUUCCAGAAUUAUAUUCUCGGACCCUCGAGUGUCACUGUAUGACGCCCGCCGGUCGACCUCUUAAAAAUUUCAAAUCAUCCAGAGAGUUCUUGACAGCUAUGCGCGAUAUCACCAAAGCGCACAGGCAACUAUAUCAAGAAACCAAGAUCUUGUAUUGUGAUAUUCACGAUAGUAAUAUGAUAUUGACAGACCCAGAAAAAAACAAUGGGAUAACAGGCAUGUUGAUCAAUUUUAGUCAAGCUCUAUCGUUGAACGAGCGUUGGAAUGAUCUAUCUCCUAUAUUCAACAUCCCUUACAUAGCACCCCAUCUAGAUGAACAGCUUGAAAACCCAACCAAUCGUACCUACCGUCAUGACCUCGAGUCUUUGUUUUAUAUUUUUCUUUCAGUUUGUAUGGAAUUUGGCUGGGGAGGCCAGCAACCAUCUUACAAAAGUACUCUUUUCAAGAGCGAUGCUGGUAAAUAUAGAAGUUGGAAAUACGUGAGGAGAGAUAUAACGGAUGGGUUUGAAAGGAAAAUCGUAGAAAAUUUUCUACCCGAGUUUGAUUGUGCGAAGGAUCUAGCUCGAACGUUAAAGAGUAUUUUAUUUUCGGACUACUCAAGACCGUCGCUUGGUACACCAGAUGAUUCCAAUAUAUUGUAUAGCCCAAUAAUUGAGGCAUACGAAAAAGCUCUCAAGGACUUGCAUUCAUGA